AUGGAUACAUGGCGUCAACCCCAAGCCGACCCUGACUUGCAUGGGCAGCCAUACAAGCCCCAUCUUCGCCAACAGCUGUCCCAAGCUUAUGAUGCCUAUGCACUCAUCAUUCUUGAGCUUGAGAAGAAUGUCCAGCAAGCACUAGGUCAUGAUACGCCUGACUGGUGCUUGCAUAAUGCAUGCCCAGCAUGUGAUUAUCAGCUUGAAGGAGAGCCUGAUCUGGGACAUUUGAAGCUUGUCUUGUUGGACAGCAACAACUUGAGCAAGUGGUUUGGUCAUGCAGGGCACCAAGAUCUCUGCCAGUUCAAGAGCAACUACAUCUUGUCCACCAGCUUUGUGGACCAGUAUGAGAAGGCACAAGGUCAUCAUGGCAAGCAAAACUCUGUCAAAUCACAGCCCAUGGAUGAGCCCAACAACUUGAGCAAGUGCAACUGCACUGAGAAGUGGAAGACAUCAAACUGUCAGGGCACCAGCUCAUUGCUUGGUCAAGAGACAUGA